UCAUACCUGCGUAUGUUAUGCGCUGUCUCAAAAUACCACAGAAUACCACUAGAUGCCAUGUUACUUAACAUAAACAACAAAUAAAGGACAAUAACAUAUUUUUUGUUGAAUUAUACACUUACACAAUUGAAAUAUUUCUCUGCCUCACAGAACCCUUGUUCUAGUAAUCCCUGUCCUGCUAUCCGUCGAUGUCAAACAGGAUUCACCAGCAAAGGUUAUCGCUGUGUUUGCAGAAAUGGACUCUUUGGACAAAACUGCACCGAAGCACCUCCCUCUGUACAAGUGUUUCCUGAUUUUAUUGAGACUGAGAAAGGAAAAGACAUCUCCAUGAGAUGUGCAAUUUUCAGUAUUCCCCCUCCGCGCCUAGUUGCAUGGAGUAGGUCUCAAGGAGCUCUUCCUUCUCAAAGAAGUAUCGUCCAAGGAGGAAAUUUGACCUUGAAAAACGUCACUAAACAAGACAGUGGCUCAUAUGCGUGUACUGUAGCAAACAUCUGGGGUACAAACACGUCCUCUGCUCAUCUUAGCGUUUAUUCAGCUCUCAAGUUCAUUAUCAAACCCCCAUCGAAUGUGACAGUGAGGGCGUAUGAAGUUCUUCCUCUGCCAUGUUCUGUUUCGAGCGAUCUGACGCCAACGGUGUCUUGGAUCUAUGAUGGAGCUAUGUCAUUACCUCCUGGUGCGAGUAUUGAUUCCUCCAAUAACUUGAUUGUUUCACCUGCUAACUUCACCCAUGGUGGCACUUACACUUGUAAUGCGACUACUGCGCGCAAAUCCAUUCAAACAAGUGUCACCGUCUAUGUCAAGUACCCAGAAAACUGCGCCAGAGUGAAGGCAAACUUAAUUGACGUCAGUGGUGACUACGUUAUUGAUCCAGACGGUGUUCUUGGCGAGGAUCCAUUCCCUGUUUAUUGUAACAUGACUCACAAUGGAGGCGUUGGAGUGACAGUUAUCAGUCACGACAGCGAGGACAGAAUCCAUGUCAUAGGAUAUGACGCAUAUGGAAGCUACAGCCGUGACAUUCAAUACCGCGACAGCAGCCUUUCUCAGAUCACAGCACUGAUAGGAGUCUCAAGUAGCUGUCGACAGUUUAUUCGAUAUGAGUGCAAGGGUGCUGUAUUAAGCCUGGGCCGAGUUAGCUGGUGGGUGUCACGUGACGGUCAGAUCAUGAGGUAUUGGGGUGGAGCUACUCAGGGAUGCGCAUGCGGAGUGACUAACUCCUGCGCCCGAACAGACAAGCCCUGUAAUUGUGAUAAAAAUGAUUAUGUUUGGCGGGAGGACAGUGGCUUUUUGACAAUCAAAUCUGACCUUCCUGUUACUCAGUUGAGGUUUGGUGACGCUGGCGAGGCAAAUGAGGAGGGAUAUCACACCCUUGGAAAACUGGAAUGCUAUUGACGAGCUUGACAGAUUUUUUAUUACAGUAAUAUAUUACGAUAUAAUCUAACCGACAGAAAAACAUCAUAAUCCUACAAACUCAACUACUUUAUUGAACAGCGAGUAAUGACCUUAACAAGGAGCGACUCUUAAAAGCAGUACAAUACUUAUCGUUAAUAAACUUAGUUAAGCCCACCACAGUCUAUAUCUUAGCCAACCACUGACACAAUCUCACUGCUGCUUCCAAAGUUCCUUGGAAUGAGCAAUCCUCCGCAGUGACUCUCUCUCUCUCGGAAUAGCUUUCAAAAAAGACGUCACUCCGACAACAACAACUACUACUUCUAUAUGUAGCUACAUAAGUGAAUCUUCUUAUAUAUUCACAAAGUAAAGGAUAUAAAGAAAGAUGGUUUUCGUCUUGUCACGAGCGUGGGACAAAGAAAAAGUUCUGAGUCCCCAUGAG